AUGACCAUAAUACUUGAUGAUUCGGAAGAAGUAACCUGUUCUCACUGCGCUCAGUUGAAAAAGACCUUCAUAUUAAUAGCAGUGUCCUCAGUGUUCGUGGUUGUGACUGUAGCAGUUGUCCUCCUCAUACUAAUGUCCAGUGAAGUGGAAUCUGAGAUUGAGAAUUUUAAUGGCGUGUUAGUGGAAUUCGUCCUCGGAUUGGUAUACGUUCAGCUAUUCGUUGCUGCUUGCCUCCUGGCAAUAAAUAUUCUGAGGAGAAGACACGCGACCUUCAAGUUCCACCUCUGGUAUGUAGUUUUCCACGUCACAACCAUGUCUCUGUUCUUGGUGACAUCCUUCGGUAUGACUCUGGCGAACAAAUCCUACGGUCUCUUCACCGUAGUGGCACUAGCUUCCAUCACAUACUACACCGUCCUGUACUAUUAUUUUAAGAUAAGGAAUAUGGCUUGGAUUUUAUUUAGAAACAAUUAUUAG